CCUUCUGCGCCCGGCGCCCGCAGCCCCAUGGCCCCGUCGCGCCUGCAGCUCGGCCUCCGCGCCGCCUACUCCGGCCUCAGCUCCGUGGCCGGCUUCUCCAUCUUCCUUGUCUGGACGGUGGUCUACAGACAGCCGGGGACCGCGGCCAUGGGGGGGCUCGCAGGUGUGCUAGCGCUGUGGGUCCUGGUGACGCACGUGAUGUACAUGCAGGAUUACUGGAGGACGUGGCUCAAGGGGCUGCGUGGCUUCUUCUUCGUGGGCGUCCUCUUCUCGGCCGUCUCCGUCGCGACUUUCUGCACCUUCCUUGUGCUGGCCGUCACCGGACACCAGAGCCUCACAGACCCCAACAGCUACUACCUCUCCUGUGUGUGGAGCUUCAUCUCCUUCAAGUGGGCCUUCCUGCUCAGCCUCUAUGCCCACCGCUACCGGGCUGACUUUGCCGACAUCAGUAUCCUCAGCGAUUUCUGA